AUGGGUAACCCCGUCAAACCACAGCUUGUGGCGGUUCCUCUCAUUCUCUUUCUCGUCAUCGGCUCUUGCACUGCUGCCGCUCAUCCCUGGCGACGUGCUCUCGUCCGCAACGACGACGCUGUCUCGUGGAAUGCCGCAGCCGCAUAUACCAACAGCCGCACCGCACCUCGCGGAGUCAACUCCAAGGCUGCGACGGUCGAACAGAGGGUGUCAGAGCCCCUCGUGUAUUCUGCCAGAGGCGGCGCUGCUGGUUCCCACGCGACUCCCAGUUGGAGUCAGCACACUGCUGCCAGUCGCGUGGGAACCGCUGCCCCUCACGCCGUCCAUUACGCGGCCACUCCUGACGCCGCCUCUCCCGCCGCCCCUCAUGCUGUCCAUUACGCGGCCACCCCUGACGCCGCCUCUCACGCCGCCCCUCACGCCGUCCAUUACGCGGCCACCACUGACGCCGCCUCUCACGCCGCCCCUCACGCCGUCCAUUACGCGGCCACAACCCGCGGCGCUCCUCACGCUGCACGUAACGCCGUGAAUCACGGCUCUCACGGACCUGGAAACGCCAACCUCCCUGCAGCAGCGAAUCAGCAUCGAGGUGGUGUUUCCCGCCAUGACGGUAACGGUGGUGGAACAAUCGCCGUCAACGGCGCAUUCCGCGCAGCCAGCGCGAACGACGUGGCGAUCCAUCACCGCUCCAGCCACGAGCGUCACACACGAGACGAGCGCAGCAGUGGCGGGCCAGUGGGGCGGCACAUCCAGCCCAGCAGCAGUGGAGGCUUUACUGGCGGUGUACUGGCGCCUCCACUCUGGUCCUUGCCCCGCGACAGGCCACGCUGGCCAUUUCACAAGGCAGGAGCUUCUGAUGUGGCGUUCCACAGGAGGAAUGGUGGCGGCAACAGCAAUGCGCGCGGCGCUAAUCACCCGGGCAGCUAUCAGCGAGUUGAUGGUGUGAAUCGUGGGAGUGUGGGGAUGGCAUUUGCACGCACUAACGCAGCUGGUGAUUAUGGAGGAGAUUACAGCGGCGGUGACUACAGCGGUGGUGACUAUAACGGAGGCGACAACGGUGGUGACUACAACGGAGGCGACAACGGUGGUGACUACAACGGAGGCGACAACGGUGGUGACUACAACGGAGGCGACAACGGUGGUGACUACAACGGAGGUGACUACAACGGAGGUGACAACGGUGGUGACUACAACGGAGGUGAGAACGGUGGUGACUACAACGGAGGUAUUCUCGAGGAGCACAACAAGGCACGGCAGGAAGUGGGUGUGCCGGAUCUGGCAUGGGACGACGGAGUGGCAGCAACGGCACAGGAGUGGGCGAACGAGCUGGCGUCCAAAGGGUGCCCUCUGGAGCACGGCGGAGCAGAGGGGCUCGGGCAGAACCUCUACUGGCUGUCACCCGCAGGGCUGACCCCCCAGGAGGACCGUGGGGCAGUGCAGUCAUGGGUGGAGGAGAAGGCGGACUGGACCCCCAGCCCCAUUCCCGACGGGUGUGCGGACGGCAAGAUGUGUGGGCACUACACGCAGGUGGUGUGGCGCGACACCACUCAUGUCGGUUGCGCCUCUGCUCAGUGCCCCGAUGGCUCCGGCAUGUGGGUCUGCAACUACUCGCCCCCAGGCAACUUUGCCGGCCAGACUCCUUUCUAG